UGCUACUGCAGACAGAUAGGCAGACCCGUCGGCUGGCCUGCUGGCCUUCUGUCCGUGGGCCGGAGCCCCGGCGACUGGAGGUGGAAAUGGGGCAGGACGCGCAGCGCAAGGAAGAUGCCGGGACCCCCGGGGGACCCCACCCGGCCCCGGACAGCCAGAAAAAGAAGGAAAAGGAAAAGAAGCCCGUCGUUGGCAUCUUCACCAUGUUUCGUUAUUCAAGUUGUCUGGACAAGCUGUACAUGUUUUUGGGAACUCUGGCAGCAAUGAUCCAUGGAGCAGCUCUCCCCUGCAUAAUGCUCAUCUUUGGAGAAAUGACAGACAGCUUCGCUGAUUUUGGAACAUUUGAAAAUGUCUCAUUUCCAGAUGGGAACUGGACGGGUUCUGUCCCGGAGAACUGGACGGCUAUUGACCUGGAGGAGAAAAUGACCGAGUAUGCGUACUACUACUGUGGCGUGGGAGCCGGAGUGCUGGUGGUUGCCUAUGUCCAGGUGGCCUUCUGGACUCUGGCGGCCGGGCGGCAGAUCAAGAAAAUCCGGCAACACUUCUUCCACGCUAUCUUGCGGCAGGAAGUGAGCUGGUUUGACGUCCACGACGUGGGGGAACUGAACACCCGACUGUCCGAUGAUGUCUCCAAGAUCAACGAAGGAAUCGGGGACAAAAUCGGCAUGUUCUUCCAAGCUCUGACAACGUUUUUCACUGGCUUCAUCAUCGGGUUUACCAAGGGCUGGAAGCUGACCCUGGUGAUUCUGGCCAUCAGCCCCGUCCUGGGACUCUCCGCCGCUGUCUGGGCCAAGAUCCUUUCUUCCUUCACCGAUCAAGAACUGAAAGCAUACGCCAAAGCCGGAGCAGUAGCCGAAGAAGUCCUGUCAGCGAUUCGAACCGUGAUCGCUUUUGGAGGACAGAAGAAGGAACUGGAGAGGUACAACAAAAAUCUAGAAGAAGCGAAGAAAGUGGGGAUAAAGAAAGCGAUCACCGCCAACAUUUCUAUGGGGGUGGCUUUCUUCCUGGUGUACGCCUCUUACGCGCUGGCUUUCUGGUAUGGCACAACCCUCAUCCUGUCCGGAGAGUAUUCGAUCGGAGAAGUCCUCACCGUUUUCUUCUCCGUGCUAAUAGGAGCUUUCAGCAUCGGUCAGGCCUCGCCGAGCAUCGAAGCUUUCGCUAACGCUCGAGGAGCAGCCUACGAGGUCUUCAAAAUCAUCGAUAACGAACCAAAAAUCGACAGCUAUUCAGAGGGUGGCUAUAAACCUGGCACUAUUAAAGGAAAUUUGGAAUUCAGAAAUGUGCAUUUCAGUUACCCAUCUCGAAAUGAAGUUCAGAUUUUGAAGGGCCUGAACCUGAAGGUGAACAGCGGGCAAACCGUGGCCCUGGUGGGGAACAGCGGCUGCGGGAAGAGCACCACCAUCCAGCUGAUCCAGAGGCUGUACGACCCCACCGUCGGCUCGAUCAGCAUCGACGGACGGGACAUCCAGACCCUGAACGUCCGCUUCCUGCGGGAGGUGACCGGCGUGGUGAGCCAAGAGCCCGUGCUCUUCGCCACCACCAUCGCCGAGAACAUUCGCUACGGCCGGGAGGACGUCACCAUGGAUGAGAUCAUCAAGGCCGUCAAGGAGGCCAAUGCCUACAACUUUAUCAUGAAGCUGCCCAAGAAAUUUGACACGCUGGUGGGAGACCGGGGGGCCCAACUGAGCGGGGGCCAGAAGCAGAGGAUAGCCAUCGCUCGGGCCCUGGUGCGCAACCCCAAGAUCCUUCUGCUGGACGAGGCCACCUCGGCCCUGGACACCGAGAGCGAAGCGGUGGUGCAGGCCGCCCUGGACAAGGCCCGAGAAGGCCGCACCACGAUUGUCAUAGCCCAUCGCUUGUCAACGAUCCGCAACGCGGAUGUCAUUGCUGGUUUUGAGAACGGGGUGAUCGUCGAACAAGGAACCCACAACGAACUGAUGAGCAAGGAUGGCGUAUAUUCCAAACUCGUGGCCCUGCAGAUGUCAGGAAGCCAAGUCGGAUUGGAAAGCGGGGCCCUCGCAGCCGACAGUAAGAACGACAUUGCGGGAACAGUUCUGAGAGGCGCUUCUUCAAUUCUUAGACAGCGAUCAACCCACGGAAGUAUCAGGAAGCUGAAAGCAGGAGAAAACACUCUCGAUGGCGAGAAUGACAAGGUGGAUGCAGGCGCUCCUCCGGUAUCUUUCCUGAAGGUUCUGAAGCUCAAUAAAACCGAAUGGCCGUACUUCGUGGUGGGCGUCUUCUGCGCCAUCAUCAAUGGGGGUUUGCAGCCGGCAUUCUCCAUCAUAUUUUCCCGGAUCAUAGGGGUUUUUGGAACAUUAGAAGAUAAUGAGACAAAGAGAGAAAGGAGCAACUUGUUUUCCUUGUUGUUUUUAGUUCUCGGAAUCAUUUCUUUCAUUACCUUUUUCCUUCAGGGGUACACGUUUGGCAAAGCUGGUGAAAUCCUCACCAGGCGGCUCCGGUUUUGGGCCUUCCGAGCUAUGCUGAGGCAGGAUAUAAGCUGGUUUGACAACUCUAAGAACAGCACCGGGGCAUUGACAACAAGGCUUGCGACAGACGCCUCACAGGUUAAAGGGGCCACCGGUGCCAGACUAGCUAUGGUCGCCCAGAACAUCGCUAACCUGGGCACCGGCAUCAUCAUCUCCUUGGUCUAUGGCUGGCAAUUAACCCUCCUGCUGCUGGCAAUCGUUCCCAUCAUUGCCAUAGCGGGGGUCAUCGAGAUGAAGAUGUUGGCCGGCCACGCUCAGAAAGACAAGAAAGAAUUAGAAGGUGCGGGAAAGAUUGCUACUGAAGCAAUAGAAAACUUUCGAACUGUUGUUUCUUUGACUCGGGAAAGAAAGUUUGAGUCCAUGUACAGAGAGAAUCUGCAAGGACCUUACAGAAAUUCCCAACGGAAAGCACAAAUUUUCGGAAUUUCCUUCGCCCUCACCCAAGCAAUUAUGUAUUUUUCCUAUGCCGCUUGCUUCCGAUUCGGUGCCUACCUGGUGAAACAUGGUCACAUGGACUUCCAAGAUGUUUUCUUGGUAUUUUCAGCCAUCGUUUUCGGGGCCAUGGCCCUGGGGCAAGCCAGUUCUUUCGCCCCAGACUAUGCCAAAGCCAAGAUCUCGGCAUCCCACAUUUUCAUGCUGCUUGAACAGAAACCGCUGAUAGACAGCUACUGUGUGGGAGGACUGAAACCUGAGAAAUUUAACGGGAACAUAUCUCUCCGAGACGUCAUGUUCAACUACCCGAGCCGGCCGGCCAUCCCGGUGCUGCAGGGCCUGAGCCUCGACGUGGGCAAGGGGCAGACCGUGGCGUUGGUGGGGAGCAGCGGUUGCGGCAAGAGCACCGUGGUCCAGCUCCUCGAGCGCUUCUAUGACCCGCUGGCGGGAAGUCUGCUGCUGGACGGACAGGACGCCAGGCAGCUGAACGUGCAGUGGCUGCGCGGGCAGAUCGGGAUCGUGUCCCAGGAGCCGAUGCUGUUCGACUGCAGCAUCGCCGAGAACAUCGCCUACGGGGACCUCGAAAGGGCCGUGUCCCGGGACGAGAUCGUGCGCGCCGCCCAGGCCGCCAACAUCCACCCGUUCAUCGAGACGCUGCCGGACAGAUACGAGACUCGGGUGGGCGACAAGGGAACUCAGCUCUCCGGGGGCCAGAAACAGAGAAUCGCCAUCGCCCGGGCCCUGGUCCGCCACCCCCAGAUCCUGCUGCUGGACGAAGCCACGUCGGCCCUGGACACGGAGAGUGAGAAGCUGGUCCAGGACGCGCUGGAUCGAGCCAGAGAGGGCCGCACCUGCGUGGUCAUCGCCCACCGCCUGUCCACCAUCCAGAACGCCGACCGGAUCGUGGUCAUUCAGAACGGCCGGGUCAAAGAGCAGGGGACGCACUCGGAGCUGCUGGCCCAGCAGGGCCUCUACUUCACCCUGGUCAACGUUCAGUCCGGGACCCACCGUAUGUGACGCCUGCCAGUGUGUACGUCUCGAGAGUUCAGUGUAUAUUUUUUUUUCAAGAUUUGGGUGAAAAACUGGCUUCGUGAUGGAAGUGCUUGCCUCCAAGUCCCAGACAGGGCUGCCUUCUGGACACCCAGCCUAGCUGGCCCUCCUUCACCAGGUCCACCGACCGGGACACCUGAGUUCGCGAGAGCCGACCAAGGGAAAAGCUCGAGACUGACGGACACAUCGGGUGUGCGGAACAGGGAGCUUUUCUAAUUCUGCUCAUCUGAUUCGGCCCUCCUUCCGAGAGGAACCUUCCUUUCGCCCAAACUUCAAAGGUCUCAGAUGCCUCAAAUUAGCCCUCGGUCUGUGUCUGAGGACCAUGAUGGGAUUUAAUCUGUCUGCCACUGCUUCUAUCCAUCCCCAUCUCUCUGCUUACCCCCUCUCCCGACCUCUCUUCCCAUGCUUCCUCUCCCACCACGGUCUAGAGCGAUCAGCCUCUGACGAGCGAAAGGGCGACUUGGUCUCGAGGUUUUGCACGGAGGACGAUCGCUCGGAAAGCCCGAUUUCUUGAGAAAUGAAAGGAAUUGGAUGUUUUGUGUUGCUUAGGGUUUUUUGGAGGUUUUUUUGCCCUGAUCUGAUGGAUGCAAUUGAGAGGAAAAGCCUUCGCUACUGCUAAGUGAAUGUGAAUUAAUUUUGUACAGUGCGCCUAGACCGCGAGCCUUUGUUGCCGAGAGACCGGAAUAGGGGAUGGCUACCCUUUGGGAUUCAGUUGUGGACACGAUGACCCCCGGAAAUCCCACUGUCCUAGAUGCCCCUCCGCUCGCACUAACCUCUGAAUCCCUAGCGGACACCGGCAGGCUCCAGAUUGGGAAUGCCCCCGUCCCGCAUCGGUGAAGCUGUGCUCUGCUCUUGUGCUACGUGAACCUUUGUUGCACUGACCCCAAUGGGAAGCCGUAUAUCCACGGGAGAGGAGAAGGGAGGAGCUCUGAAUUUAUUGAAAUGAUCUACGGCUCAUUAAAGUUGAUAAAGUGAAAAGAUCCACCUA